UUGUAGUGCAAACAUGGAGAUUGAUAAGUCGGUUUGGAGACUAGUGUAAAAGAUAUUUAACCUAUAAGGAGAGUAGCUGGGAGGGUAUCAAUUACUUGACAUUUAGCUUAGGGAUGUAGAUAUGCAUUUCAACUUUAAUUUGCGGUUUUCCGAUUUUCUUUAAACGAACCAUGACAUCUGUUGGUGAGAAAAUUACCCACAAAAUUGACAAGAUCGGGAAAGCCUUGGGUUCGGCUCGAGCGGGAUCGCUGUCACGGAAAAAGAAAUCUCGGAGGGACUCAACAGAUGCAUCGUUGGGUCUGAAUGGCAAUGAGCUUGACUCCCCAGAACCGCUCUUUUCUCCGUCAUCGCCUGGACUCGAACAGCGUGAACAGCGUCGCCCUAGUAUUUCUGGCAGCCUUGUAGACAGUCCCAAAAUGGCAUCCAGGCUGGCGCACAAGCCUAGCAAGAGUAAUUCCCUGGGAAGCAUAAACAGCGAUAUUUAUGAUUCUUCCCCAAACAUGGACCAGGAUGACAUUAUUGCCUUGACUCAAGAUGUCAGGAGUUUUUCUGAUGCAUUAGCAAGAUUAAAAAGUAUAUUUACUGAAGAUGAUCCAGUAGAAAACCCACGUAUUGUUGCUCAUGAACACCUAGGUAAAGUGCUGUGUAUUCUGAAGACCAUCCUCCAGCAGUACCCAGCCCUUCACUCCACGGAUAUCCUCACUGCAGCAGGAACACUCAUCUCAAGAAUCAAGAGCUUCAAGUACGAGGAUAAAGCUGCGGACCCUGCGCAGUUCUAUGAUGCCAUUGACCAGGUAGCCCUGGCCUUCAGUAGCAGUGUAUCAGAGUAUUUAAUGGGAGAUGUGGAGGCAGCCUACCCAACCCAUACCACAAAAACCAGAUCCUUUGAUAAUUUGUCUUCCAUGAACGUGGAGCUAGGCAGUCAAGAGGAUGUGGAUGGCAGGGAUGAUGGUCAGCUUGGUCCAUCAGAGCUGGAUGCUAUCCUCCUGCGGCUGGAGUCUGGUGUGGAGCUGGCACUGCAGAGAGCCAAGGCUUGGUCCAAGUAUGCAAAAGAUAUUAUGACAUAUGUGGAGAAGAAAUCAACUUUAGAAUCUGAAUAUGCGCGGAAUUUGUCAAAGAUCGCUCAGACUAUGCGGCCAGUUAUCACAGAGGAGUUGUAA